GAUUGGCUGCGGGGGAGCCGAGUGGGCGGACUGCGUUAAGUAACUUAAAUUCUGAGUUCAUAAUGUAUGACCUGGUAAGGUUUUAGUAGUUCCACCAUUUCAUGGGAGCUGGUAGGCCCGUGUCAGCCUCAGUCGACCUCGUUGCACUUGAUUGUAGCUUCUUUGUGAGCGGCUGACCAGCUGUGACAUAUCGGUUCAACCUCAUUUAGAGAAACAGCCAGCAUGACUUCGGACACUACAGAGAUCCCGGAGAUGUUCAGGGCUCUUUUUGAGUUUCCGUUUACUCUCCCGAACUUUGACGAUAAUGACACCGACAAGGAAAAGCUGUAUCUGGGAGGUAAUGUUGACCUCAGCGGAGGAGGUAGCGAUGUGUGUCCGUCCGCUGCCCUGACCCCUGCUAUCUGGGAGAAAACCAUUCCUUAUGAUGGUGAAAACUUCCACCUGGAGUACAUGGACCUUGAGGAGUUCCUCACGGAGAAUGGCAUCCCCACCUUGCCCGAUGUGGACUCUCUAAAGAGCAGCCCAGAAGGAGACUCCAUGAAGACGGAGAAACUAGAGGCACAGGUGACGGUUGCCAAGACAGCCAGCGUGUCCCCACUGGGCCUCCUACCCAUUCAGGAAUUGGACAAGUGUGAGGGCGAAGUGGUGAUCAUCACCAGGAGUGACUCGGAUAUCAUCUGCGACGUUACUGCAGAGGUGACCACUGAAAGUGACCGGGCGACCCCCGAGCCCAUUGACCCCGAUGAGAUUGAGAUCGAUAUCAACUAUGAGCCAGAUCCCACUGACCUGGUCCUGUCCAGUGUGCCUGGAGGCGAGCUGUUUAAUCCUCGCAAGCACAAGUUCUCUGAAGAUGAGCUCAAGCCACAACCGAUGAUCAAGAAGGCCAAGAAAGUGCUUGUGCCCGAGGAGCGGAAGGAUGACCGGUACUGGAACCGAAGGAAGAAGAACAACGUGGCUGCCAAACGGUCCCGUGAUGCCCGCAGGUUAAAGGAGAACCAGAUCACUGUCCGAGCAGCUUUCCUGGAGCGCGAGAACGCGGCGCUGCGGACAGAAGUGGGCGAGCUGCGGAAGGAGUGCGGCCGCUACAAGAACACAGCGGGUCGCUACGAGGCCAGAUAUGGACCACUGUAAGGGAACAUGGAAAGCAAAUGCACACAUUCUUAAUGUACAUCUUAAAAGACGGUAUCAGCCUCUUUUUUUAUUUAUUUUCACUGGUCUGGUUCGAAACCUUAUUUGGGCACUCAUAAAGCAGAUGGCAGAUCCUUUGUAGUGCUGACAUGACGGUGUGUCACUGUUUUGUUCGGGUGGAGUUGGCCACAGGUGAAAAGGAAGACAGGCGAUACCUUUUUGAGAGCAGCACAGUCACAUGGGUUAACUCUGAGUUGGCAGUCAAACUCAAAAAGAAGACCCUCCUGUUGACCAGAGCUGGGUCAGCAUUAGUUUUUAGAAAGGAGUCAGACAGACGACACGCAUCAGAAGUUAUCUAUCAGGGACCGAACCAUGUGACUGUGUGAAUAAUGUUGCCGCUGUUUAACGUCCCCCCCCCCCCUUGUCAUCCUUGUUCUCUUUCAAGUGCGGUGCUGGAAGAAGACCAGUAGAAAGCAGUUGAUUUAUUUAUUCUUGGAUUUAAAAAAAUCAAUCAACGCAACAAAGUUGAUGCGUGCAAACACUAGAAUCGGUCAGAUGACGAAGAGGAGGAAUUUGACUGCCGUUGCCAUGGAGAUGCAAUUAGCAUGUGAAGACCUGAUAUCUAUUUUUCAUUUCUGGAGUUUUUGUUUUUUUGAGAAUUGGAUUUACUAUCCAUGUGAAUGAGGAGUGUGAGAGAUAUUCAAGUGCUUCUUCAGUACACAACUUUGAAGUGGACUUUUAUCAUGUUUUGUAUGCCUUUGGCCAAAAGAGAUCAUUUGUGAUGUUUAUUUUGGAAAAACUGUGGCUUUUUAAUUUCGUGAAUGAUAGAUGAUACUUGGGUAGACAUUUUAAUAGUUUAGACUAGAAUAGUAUUCUAGAAACGGGGAUUUGAAGGUUGUUUCCAAUUCGUUCCACACCUGCCUGACCGUUUUAUUUUCAAAUGUAUAUAAUAUGGCAGGUUAUGUGAAGAGCUGGGCUUUUCUUUGCCCACAAAACACUUUUUAACUGCAACAUUUCCAAUAAUGUAAGCUUCUUCAGGUAAUUACAGUUGCGUUGCAAAAAAAAAAGAAACAAGAGUGCAGCCAUGUUCACUUUUCUCUUCGCUCAUUACCGGAUCUCAAGAGACACGCACUGCGCUCGCUGUCGCUCUUGUGCCGUUUUUGUCAGAGUAGGACGCCUGCUUCGCCCCCGGGGGCAGGUUGUCAGCGCUGACUCGUCUCCAUUCACGUCAGUAACCUUUCAUACGUGUGUGUGUACAAUCCACUGAUGCAUGUACUGUAAAUAGUUGUAGCCUAAGAUUAUACUUCCUAGACUUUUUUUUUCCCCCCACGAUUUCAUUAUUGUUGGACAUUUAAAAACAAAGUUUGGGAUAUAUUUCAAGUAAAUUCCUCUGUCUCCAAUGAGCGGACAUGUGCAUUGAUGAUGUGUUUAAUGCGAGCUGUCUUUAUUAACGGCGACUGGCGUGGAAAUGUUUGACUCGUUCAGUGUAAAAACAUCACAGUGCACCUCGGUUUGAAGCGUGUUUGUUGUCUGCAGAUUAAAUUAAUCCAGCUCAUGCUUUCCUAUUGUUUGCAAUGGGUUGCUUGAAAUGAUCUCAAAACUAGGUUCUCAAAAACGUUUUAUUUGGGGUGAAUGUGCAUUUAGAUUGUAUCAACAGUUUUUAGUUUGUGUUGGACACAUUUAUUGGCUUUUAUCACCCAACUUUUCUUAUGUUGGUGUGAACUGCUUUUUCUUUUCUGUCUGAGGUGUGAACGCUGGCAGUGUCUGUUGCCAGCAGAUUUAUUUUUUACGAACCCGGAGGCCUCAGUAAUACUGUAUUGUGGGUUUACAGGGGGGCAUAUUAUCUAACGGAAUAACAUCCUUAGUUCAAAUUGUGACGCACAAGUUUUUACACUCAUAGCCAUUUUGUUCUUUGGUUACUAUACUUUUCAACCAUAAAUAAAAUAUGAUGGUCUUUCUUUUUUACAUUACUACCAGCAGUAAAGGCAUCUUUAUAUUAUAGUACAUGUUUUUGUGUUAAAUUUAACAGACUAAAGGCAAUCUUGUGGAGUAAAACUUAGUCAGGACAGUCACAUUAAUUUUUACAAUAAUUUGACUUCCUGCAUCAAUAUUUAAAAAGUCACUUUCUCCACAAGUGCAAUUUCUACAUUAAUAAAUGUUGUAAUGCUUUCUGCUUCAAUAAAGAUUGCAUCUGCCUUCUAUCGGGAACAGGCCGAUCUAAUAACAAAAUUAAGGGAGGUGUAACCUUCCUGUCUUUGUUUUGAAGACAUUUUAUGGCAUUUUAAGUACAGCUACUUUGUCUUGUAAUACAGUAUGUAUAAAUAAAGCUUGGUUGAGAGUC